GCAGCAAGCAGCAGCAAGCAGCAUCCGCUCGUCCCCCUUCCCCUGCUCCCUUGGGCCUCCCCUCCCUUAGUGCCCCUCGCAUUCCGUUGCUUUCCUGUGCUCGCUGUGCAGUGCAUGAGCUGCAGCUAUGCCGUGCUCAUGGCCACAGCCAACAUUGUCUUCCUGACACCAGGUCCCCACGCCGCUGCGUUCGUCACAUCGCCCACCGCUGCCUCGCCCACGCAUUCUCCGCGCCUUUCUUUCGCCUGGAGGAGCUGCGCCGCGUCGUCGUCGUCCGCUUCUUUUUCAUCGCCCGGUGGGUCUUGCUGCUGCAUCAAUUCCGGUGUGGGCAGCUCCGGGAGAGCGCAGGAUUGGGAUUGCGAAGCUGCGCGCGGAUUGGCCAGGCGCUCGAGCAGGGUCGGGAGCUUCAGGAGGGCGGGUGAGGCCUCCGUUGUGCGGGAUUUGGUUUCGGGUGCAUCUGGAGAGAAUUUGGACUCGCAGGCAUGGAGUCGAGCCAAUGUGGGCUCCUUGAGCCGCAGGAGCAGGCCCAGGAGUGGCAGAAUUAUGUGCAUGGCUGCCACAGACGAGGCGGUGAAGGCGAAAGAAAAUGCGCAGCAGAAAAGAGAUUCUGCCGAGGAAGUGGCAGUGUCUCAAUUGUUGGGACAGAAAUUGGCUAGAGAAGAGGAAAUUUUGAGAGUAGUCAAUGACGAUGAGGAGGUUGUGAACUCAGCGGGAACUUCUGGAAGUAGUAAUGGACCUCUUGCGAUGGCCGAAUCUUCGGACAAUGUGGAGACCGGGAGCAUUGGGGUGUCCAUUAGUCCCUCCACUAUUUUGUUCCAAAGGAGCAAAGAAGAGAGCCAGAUUGUAAGAACAGCGUGGGAGAAGCUCGUACGCUGGUCCAAAUCAUGGCAGCUGCUGCAAGCGCGGCGUCAGGCCAAUGCUCUCCAAAGCACUAAGAAGGUUGUAAUACUUGGAGGAGGCUCUUUUGGCACAGCUAUGGCUGUCCUGUUAGCACGUAACAAGGCUGAAAUGGAAGUCACGCUCUUGCUCAGAGACGAGGCCGUGUGUCACUCCAUCAACGAAGAGCACGUAAAUUCAAAAUACUUUCCUAGACAUCAACUUCCGUCCAACGUGAGAGCUACCACAGAUCCUAAAGCUGCUCUAGAAGGGGCUCAGUACUGCAUACACGCUGUACCUGUGCAGAACAGCGCAUCAUUUUUAAGAAGCAUAUCAGAGUUCGUACCUCCAACUUUACCUAUUGUCUCUGUGAGUAAGGGUUUGGAGCUCUCUACAAUGGAAAUGAUGUCACAAGUUAUCCCACGAGCUCUUGGAAAUCCACGCCAGCCCUUAUGUGUACUAUCUGGACCAUCAUUCUCGAUUGAGCUGAUGGAUGAGCUACCAACGGCAUUGGUUGCUGCCUCGAAGGAUAAAGACUUAGCAAGAGCUGCUCAACAGCUACUUGCUUCUCGAUAUCUAAGAGUCAACACUUCCAGUGAUGUCGUAGGAGUUGAAAUGGCCGGGGCUUUGAAGAACGUGCUUGCUAUUGCCGCUGGAAUUGUGGAGGGUAUGCAGCUUGGUAACAACUGCAUGGCAGCACUUGUAGCACAAGGUUGUGCAGAAAUUCGGUGGCUUGCAGAGAAGAUGGGAGCAAAAUCUGCAACUCUGGCAGGCUUGUCAGGAACAGGAGACAUUAUGCUCACAUGUUUUGUAAAGCUAUCUAGAAAUAGAUCCGUCGGAGUGAGACUUGGUGCAGGGGAGAAACUCGAGGAUAUUCUUGCGUCCAUGAAUCAGGUAGCUGAAGGUGUGGCUACAGCAGGAGCAGUUAUCGCUCUGGCACGAAAAUACCGUGUUCAAAUGCCUGUUCUGACAGCGGUUGCUAGGAUUUUGGAGAAUGAACUCACGCCGAAGAAAGCAGUCCUUGCACUGAUGAGUCUUCCACAGGUGGAGGAAGUCUGAUUUGUAUGGACACACCCAUGAAAGGACUCCGGAGAAAGAAAGAAGGAUAAGUUAUGAUUCCAGAGACUAGUUUGUUGUUGUCAUGCGAAACGGUCAGAUACGUGGGAUAUGAUUAUCACCAACAGUAGAUUUUCAACCUCAAUUGGAAGCACGAGGAGAGAACUUGAGGGUUUCUUCGGAAAUUUUUACGAAUCUGAGGAUGUCCCUCAUCAAGUGCCAAUUACAACUUUGUCCUUGUAGUUGGGUUCAGACAGUUUUAGGGGUGAACCGAUUAGACAGUCUUUCUUUCUCUGAGGGUGUUUGGAGUUUGAUCCCAUCCCAGCUUUCCUUCUCUCAAGCAGGUAGAGUGCUUUGUACUUUUUCGGAGAUUCUCUACACAUCUAGACGAAUAGUCAAACUAGUCUUUUUCGAGGACAGUAUGUAUUUGAUCGCCUUAUGGAAGAGUCGAUCACAUGUAUCAUUAUUAGCUGAAGGAGAGUACACACAUGUUCUUCCGCUCCAUCUCCACGUGCAUGGAUUCUUUC